UCCUCCGGAACUGUUCGGUCGUUUCCGUCUUCAUAUCGGUACCAAUCGGCUUUUUCCAUUUGCCCAGCGGCCGACCCCUCCCAUUUUGCUUUCAGGCUCGUUUGUUUUCGUCUUGCCGAGGGUUUGAAUCGAAUCCAUUCGGAAGCCCUCGAACCUGGCAUAUUCAUAAUCGGAGAUAUUCGGCUAUCUCCGGACCUGGGACUGAAGCGCUGGGGCACUUGGGUGUUUGGUGCUGUUUCUGCACCGGAAGUGCGUGGGUUAUUGGGCUGGCUCUGCUUAGGGUUUUCAGGAAACAUGGAAGAGACUAGGCGAGUUGGAGUUGGAGCUUAAGGAUUGUUGUGUUCUCUGGACGCCCCGGAGAAGAAAAGAAGGAUGCCCCUGGAAUCGCCUGCCUCCUCAGUACCGCCAUCCCUCCCUUCUGUGUUACCGUCAGUGCCAGAUGACAUUGCCAGCUCAUCCCCUCCGCCGAUGUCUUACAUCACUUCCCAGGAGAUGAAAUGUAUUCUUCACUGGUUUGCCAGUUGGUCAGGUCCCCAGCGGGAACGUUUUCUACAAGACCUGGUAGCUAAGGCGGUGCCCGGGAAGCUGCAGUCACUGCUGGACAGCCUGGAGCAGCUCAGUGUGUCUGGGGCAAACCGACCACCUUGUAUCUUUGAGUGUCAGCUGCGGCUUUGGGAUCAGUGGUUUCGAGGUUGGGCUGAGCAGGAGCGCAAUGAGUUUGUCAGGCAGCUGGAAGUCAGUGAGCCAGAUUUCGUGGCAAAGUUUUACCAAGCAGUGGCCGCUACUGCUGGUAAAGACUGAUGGGCAUUGAGAUCAAGAAGAUAAUGACAUGUGAUCAAGCAAGGCCAUUACUGUAGUGAAGAUUCGGUGCAAGUGUGUCAAAGAUUUGCCUGGCCAGGCAGUGGUGGUGCAUGCCUUUAAUCCCAGCAUUUGGGAGGCAGAAGCAGGUGGAUUGCUGUGAGUUUGAGGUCAGCCUGGUCUACAAAGCAAGUCUAGGACAGCCAAGGCUACACAGAGAAACCCUGUCUCGAAAAAAACAAAA